AUGUAUAUAUACACAUACGAAACAAUAUACAAAGUCGGUGAUAAAUAAUAGGUGAAGGAUUUAUUGAUGAAACUUCAGGAUAUAUGUAACGGAUUAAAAGAUGAAAACGAAAUUAUUAUUAUGAAACAAUAUAGUCGCUAUGGAAAACGUUAUGCAAUUGCAUUUAUAAUAUUUGCUGUUUGCUGCUCAUUUUCUAUCACGAUAGCUAUGUUUUGGUCGAGUAUUCUGCAAAUUACUUUAGGAACAAAUGUAACUCAAUCACGUCGCUUGCCGAUUACUAUGGAGUACUUUAUUGAUCAAGAAAAGUAUUUUUAUUGGAUUUUGUUACAUAUCGGUGUGGCAUCAUUCAUCGGAACGAUUGUAAUACUAGGAAUAGGAUCAGUGCUUAUUAUGUAUGUUCUACAUAUCUGUGGUAUGUUUAGAAUUUCCAGUUAUCGUAUUAAACGCGCAAUGCACAUCAAUAUGCUAGAAAAUAUUAAACCGAGGAAAGAAAAUUUAAUGUUGAAAGGAAUAAUUAGUGCCGUAGAUAUUCAUCGACAAGCUAUAAAAUUAUCUAACUGUUUGGUAUCCAAAAUAGAGACAAUGAUGUUAUGUUUAAUAAUAUGCGGAGUACUCACUCUGAGUCUCAAUCUCCUUCGAAUUUUUCAGAUUGCUUCAUAUGGAGAUGAUGUUAAGGAAUUUUUAAUUCCUUUUAUACUUAUUAUUAUCGAUAUCGUAUACAUGUUUAUAGCUAAUUAUUUGGGACAGAAUAUAACAGAUCACAAUAAUGACGUCUUUGCUACCGUGUAUGACGUUCAAUGGCAUGUAGCACCUUUACAUAUACAAAAAGUAAUACUGUUUCUGUUGCAAAGAGGUACCAAAGAUUUCACUAUAAGCAUUGGUCGAUUAUUCGUCGCAUCAUUAGAGUGUUUUACUACGUUGGUGAAAACUUCAGUCUCUUAUUUUACUGUUGUGUAUUCAACGCAACAAUAA